AUGUCCGGACGUUUUGUUCGUUCCUCUAAGUACCGCCACGUCUUCGGACGUUCGACGAGAAAGGACCAAUGUUACGAUAAUCUUCGAGUCUCGCGAAAUGCCUGGGAUACCAAUCUUCUCAAGGUCAACCCGAAGCAUAUCGCCGUGAACUGGGAAGCAGGUGGCGGUGGAGCCUUUGCAAUUAUUCCUCUGGAGGAACGUGGCAAGCUCCCGGAGCGCAUUCCUUUAUGCCGAGGUCACACUGCGGUUGUUCUGGACACCGACUGGAAUCCGUUCAAUGACGAUCUGAUUGCCUCAGGCUCUGACGACGGAAAGGUUUUCCUCUGGCGGGUUCCGGAGAACUUUACCGUCCGCCCCGAUGCAGAAGCCGACGAUAUCAAGGACCUUGCGCCUAUCGGCAAGCUGAGCGGCCAUCCUAAGAAGAUCGGCCACGUGCUCUUUAACCCCGCGGCCGAGAACGUGCUGGCAACGGCCUCUGGCGACUACACCGUAAAGAUCUGGGAUAUCGAGGCUGGCGCACCUAAGCUUACCCUCAACAUCGGCGACAUCGUGCAAUCCCAGUCAUGGAGUGCCAAUGGCUCCUUGUUGGUCACGACCUCUCGUGACAAGAAGCUGCGCAUUUGGGAUGUGCGCCAGGAGCGUCCGGCCCACGAAACCAAUGGUCACACUGGCGCCAAGAACAGCCGCGCAGUCUGGUUGGGAGAACGCGACCGCAUUGCGACAACCGGUUUCUCUAAGAUGAGUGACCGUCAGCUGGCGCUCUGGGAUAUUCGCGCCGUGCGUGAGCCUAUCAACGGUUUCAAGACUUUGGACUCCAUCUCCGGUGUAUGCAUGCCCUUCUGGGAUGAUGGUACCAACUGCCUCUAUCUGGCGGGACGAGGUGAUGGCAACAUCCGUUACUUCGAGCUCGAGAAUGACAAGUUCGAGUUCCUUUCCGAGCACAAGUCUGCCGACCCUCAGCGUGGUGUUGCUUUCAUGCCCAAGCGUGGUGUAAACAUGCAUGAGAAUGAAGUGGCUUGCGCUUAUAAGACCGUGAACGACUCCUACAUUGAGCCGGUUUCGUUUAUCGUUCCCCGUCGCUCUGAGAACUUCCAGGACGAUAUCUAUCUCCCUACCACCGGCCUGGCCCCCGCUAUGUCGUCGUCCGAAUGGCUAGGUGGCAAGGAGGCAAUUCCCCCCAAGAUCUCCAUGGCCAGUCUGUUCGAGGGCGAGGGUCUUAAGGAAGUAUCUGGAGUGGAGGAGAAGCCUACUGGCGCCAUCGAUACCCCCGCUACCAAGGCCGCCGAGUCCCCCAAGGCCACUGAGGCGCCCAAGAAGUCUCCGGAGCCAGUUGCCCCCAAGGCCGCUCCUGAGUCUGCCCCCGAGCUGAGCUCUAUUGGACGUCCAGCUCCUUCCAUGAAGGAACAGGGAGCCUCGAUGGCCGCCAUGGUGAACAAGUUCGCCGAUGGCGAAGAUGACGGCAACGUCUCAGAUGAUGAUAACUCCAGUUUCGAGGAAGUUCCUAAGCCAGUUGAGCGUGCCACACGUUCUCCCGUGGCUGAGACCUCCUCACCACGGGUCAGCAGCCCGUUGAGACCCAAGGAGGUUGAGACCAAGACUCAACCCACCACUGUUAUCUCUAUCCCAUCUUCUCCGGUCCCCGAAACAUCCACUCCCCCAGCUGCCCUUCCUCGGAACGAUAUCGAAGAGAUCAAGAAUCUCAUUGCUGAACAAACCAAGACCAUUGCUGAACAAGCUUUGCAGAUGCAAACACUGACUGCCGAGAUCGAGGCUUUGAAGAGCAAGAUGAACUAA